CCUAAAGGUGCACCAGAACUUCCAAGUAUCUUCACAGAAGACACCCAUCUCCACCAAGAUGAAGGCAUUCGCCGCCGCUGUCUGCGCCCUCCUAGUCUGCGGCGUUUACGCUGACAAGAAGGACGAGAAGGUCGAAGCCCGCGGUGGCCUCCUGGGUGCUGGUCUCGGUGGCUACGGAGCCGGUGCUGGUCUCGGAGGAGUUGGUCUUGGUGGAUAUGGUGGAGGCUUCCAGUCCGGCUACGGCUCAUCUGCCGGUGGCCACCAGGGCGGAUUCCAGCAGGGCGCUGGCGGGUACAACCAGGGCUCAGGAGCAUUCGCUGGCGGUGCCUCCAACAGGAACGUGAACGCCUACAACGACAACAAGGGCUACAGCCACAGCUCGGGCUUCUCGUCCUCUGACAGCAAGAACUUCGGCUCUGGACACAAUCAGGGAUCAUCUGGCUACCAAGGAGGUGCUGCCGGACACCAGGGAGGCUACGGAGCGCAGUCCUUCGGACACAACGCCGGAACCGGCUACGGUGGUGGAUACCUUGGUUAGAUAAUGUAUGCUUUACACGCGGAGGAAUGUCGAUGGCCCAUGCCUCUCUUCGUGGACAUCAGAUGUGUAAAUAAACAAUGGUCUUGUUGAACAUGAGGACAAA